GAGAUAUCUGAAAAGCCCUGAGUUGUUUGGGAGAAAGUAAUUGUCAAAACAUUUUCUAAAACGGAAGUCAAAUAUACAGCGCCACCUGUAAAAUAUCAACAACUUGUCUGUCAGACUUCUAAAAAUCAAGCAGUACCGGUACAAAAGUUUUUAUUGUAGAUCCCCCUCAUCACGCACCAUACAUUUGAACUGGAAAAGAACUGUGUAAGAUGUGCGACAAAGAAAAAAUUGAUAAUGAUACUUCAUUACACGCUGUUCAGCGAGCAACUAAUGUGGUGUUCCAGUCUCAUCAUGUCUCCAGAGAUAAGAGAGGGAAGGCAAUUGGAAGCAAAUCCGGAUUCCGUGGUUGCACAAUAUGGCUGACAGGUCUGUCUGGUGCUGGUAAAACCACCAUUUCCUUUGCUCUAGAAGAAUAUUUGGUAUCCCAGGGAAUACCGGCCUACAGCUUGGAUGGAGAUAACGUGAGAACUGGGUUGAAUAAAAAUCUUGGAUUCACCCCAGAAGAUCGUGAAGAAAAUAUCCGGCGUAUAUCUGAGGUGUCCAAAUUAUUUGCUGAUGGUGGUAUAAUCUGUAUUUCAAGUUUUAUCAGUCCUUAUGCAAAGGAUCGUGAUGAAGCUCGAAGGUUACACGAACAAGCUGGUUUGAAUUUCUUUGAGUGCUAUGUUAAUACCCCAAUCAAUAUUUGUGAAGAAAGAGAUGUUAAAGGUUUAUAUAAGAAAGCUCGAGCGGGCCAGAUAAAAGGAUUUACUGGUGUGGAUGCCGCUUAUGAAAUUCCAGACAAUCCUGAUGUAACCUUGAAAGCUGGCCAUGUAUCUGUGGAUGAAUGUGUUCAAGAAGUUGUUACAAUUUUAACUGAAAGGAAUAUUGUACCUGCAUCAGCUGUAAGAGCUGUUAAAGAAUUGUUUGUACCUAAAAAUCGUGUGGAAGCUGUUAGAGCUGAAGCUGAAAGUCUUCCAUGUGUUGAUAUAUCAAAGCUGGAUUGUCAAUGGACUCAAGUUUUAUCAGAAGGUUGGGCUUCUCCUCUAAAUGGUUUUAUGAGAGAAAAGGAAUAUUUACAAUCUCAACAUUUUGGAUGUUUGUUAGAUGGCGGUGUGACUAAUCAGUCAGUACCUAUUGUAUUACCUGUUUGUUGUGAAGAUAAAGAGAAACUAGAGGGCUGUCAGGCGUUUGCGUUACGAUAUGAAGGGAAGCGGAUAGCAGUGUUACGAAAUCCUGAUUUCUAUAAACAUAAUAAAGAAGAGAGAUGCUGUCGUCAGUUUGGGACGAGCAAUGGAAAUCAUCCAUAUGUGAAGAUGAUAUAUACGAGUGGUGAUUGGCUGGCAGGAGGAGAUUUGGAGGUAUUGGAAAGAAUUGUCUGGAAUGAUGGAUUGGAUGAAUACCGCUUAACUCCAAAGGAAUUACGCUUGCGGUUUAGAGCACUAAAUGCAGAUGCAGUGUUUGCCUUUCAGUUGAGAAAUCCAAUUCAUAAUGGUCAUGCUUUAUUGAUGAAAGAUACUAAGAGAAGAUUACUAGAACAGGGCUAUAAAAAGCCAGUUUUAUUGUUACAUCCAUUAGGUGGCUGGACAAAAGAUGAUGAUGUACCAUUACCAGUAAGAAUACAGCAACAUCAAGCUAUAUUAGAGGAACGGGUGUUAGAUCCAGAUUCUACAGUAUUAGCUAUAUUUCCUUCACCUAUGAUGUAUGCAGGGCCAACAGAGGUACAGUGGCAUGCUAAAGCAAGAAUGUGUACAGGAGCAAAUUUCUAUAUAGUUGGACGAGAUCCUGCUGGAAUGCCACAUCCUGAUGGAGGCAGGGAUUUAUAUGAUCCAACACAUGGUGCCAAGGUACUAACAAUGGCACCAGGUUUAACACAGUUAGAAAUAGUUCCAUUCAGAGUCGCAGCUUAUAACACAAAACACAAAAAGAUGGACUUCUUCAAUCCAGAGAAAAAAGAAGAAUUUGAUUUCAUUUCUGGAACUCGUAUGAGAAAGCUUGCAAGAGAAGGAGAAAAUCCACCAGACGGUUUCAUGGCACCUAAGGCGUGGAAAAUCCUCUCAGAUUAUUAUCUUAAAUCUGCUAAACAAUAACAAAGACACACCCUAGUUGUAGCGCACGUAUAUUGGUAAAACAUAGUUUAGAGGUCUUAUUAUACAACUAUUUGUUAGCUUGAUAUUUAAUUAUAGUAUCAACCUCUACAAUAAUUAUUCCAGAGAGUCUUCAAUAUAAAACCAAUCACAGCCAAACCCAGUUUCAAAACUAUUAAUAAUUAUGUAUAAAUCAAGUUAAUUUUAAGUGAAAAUACAGUAAUUAAAAACUUACUGGUUAUUAUAUUUUAAGAGAUCUAUGACCAACCCAAAUGAAUUAAACAAACUACUAUGAAUUGUAGAGUUUGAUAUAAUAAAAAAAUGUCUUAAUAUAUGCAAACAUUGGGUAUAUAUCCUUAAUCGAAAUUAAUCUAAAAUUCUUUUGGUUAUAAUUGUGUUCUUGUAAAAUCUAUGAACAAUAGAAUUAAGUAAUGUGAAAUAUUUUUGUGAAAAACUUUUAUAUAAAACCGUAGUUUUCAAUAAUAUAUUUUUCAUUUGGCAAUUUUACUUGAUUUUUUUUUAUUCCACAUGAGUAUGUAUGUAACUCAUAAAUACAAUUUAUAUACAUGUUGUAUGUUGUUUAUUAUUCGGUCUAUGAUGGAAACAAAUGAAUUUAAAUUUAGUGCAAUAUUUUUUAUAAAGUUCACAGCAAUUGUAUAUAAAUCAAAAUCAGUUCAUUUUAAAAUUGUUUUAAAGAUAUACAAAUCCACAUGUCUAAUAUUGGGAUCAAUAUUUAUUUUUAUUUGGUAUUAUUCUAGCUACACAUUUAGUCUUAUGAGUGCUAUUUUACACGCUAACUUGGGAACAAAAUUUGAUGUUUGUAAUCUCUGAUAUUGAUUAUGAGCUUUACGCCGAAUAUGUUAUAUUAAUAAUGUAUGUGAUAGAAAAAAAGGCUACAAAUAAAUCAAUGUGGGAAAUCAA